AUGGUCAACGAAAAGAGUGAGAAGGAUGCCGUUGCCCUCUCUGUUCCGAGCAAGGGCGGCGAACCCCCCGAGGUGAAGAAGGACAACAAGAAAAAGAGCGUCAAGGACAAGGAGGAGGAGCUGUCCGAAGAAGACCGACAGAAGAAAGAGGAACUCGAACUCCUCGUCCAGAGAGCACAGGAAACUGCUUCCGCCAGAUGGAAUCGAUUUCAGAAGCUGGGCGCAGCCGCGGCGAUGGCCGGAGCGAUGCAACCUUUCGGCAAGUCCUGGCUGUCGACGAAGCUCGUGAGGUGUGACACUGACCUGAAGCUAACGACCUACAAUGUCUUGUCACCUCGCUUGGCAUCGCCACAGCAGUACCCCUCCUAUGCACGCGAGGACUUAGCGAAAGAUUCUCGAUGGCCAAAAAUCCUGAACCGGAUGCAGAAGGCCGUCGACGACGACAGGAUCAUCGCAUUGCAGGAGGUGGACCUGGAGUGGGCAGGGAACCUGCACGCUUUCUUUGCAGAGCGCGGAUAUGCGGUGGUGUUUGCUCAGUAUGGCAAGCAAAUGAAUGGUUACAUGGGCGUGAUGAUGGCGUGGCCUACAAAAGUUUUUCAGGUCUUGGACGUGGAGCUCUGCAAGCUGACUGACACAGCUCCGAAGCGAGUGUGGCCAAGAUCCGAAGCUGGUCCUCUUGCUCGUUUCGGAUACCUCACCUACCAGGGCUUGACGGACAUAUUGGGAUGCAGACCUCCAGAAUUCGAAACGGAGGGAGGUGAGUGGAAGCUUGCACAGGGUCGCAUGAACGAGGCUAUCCUGGUGAGGCUGAGACCCAGGGCGACAUCGUGUGAUUUCUGUGUUGCCACGUAUCACAUGCCCUGUUUGUUCGGCACGACGGAGAAGGUUCGAGCGGUGAACAUCCACAGCCAGCUUCUGCUGAACAGGCUGAAGCGGUUUGCAGCCGCUGAUGUCAAGAAAGGUUUCAAAGAGGCACCUGUUGCAUUGAUGGGUGACUUCAACAUCAAACCAGGCACGUCUUCCUAUCGUUUGAUCGAGAGUGGCGGCUCCAUAGCUACCGUCUCGAAGCAGGGCAGCAAGCAUGAAGUUCAUGGACUUGAACAAUUGCCCAUUGCCGAGUUCCCUGAUGGCCUCAGAAGUGCCUACAAGGACUUUCAUGGACAAGAGCCAAUGUUCACAAAUUAUGCGAUGUCCGCAAUGAGCAAGGAGGCUUUCGUUGAUACCCUUGAUUACAUUUGGUUCAGUCCUGGGCGCCUCAAAGUGGUGGCGUGCCAGCAGCUGCCAAAGGAGACGGGGAACGUCAACGGGCCGUUCCCCAAUGCGGACUCCGACCAGGGAGUGGCCAAAAUGGCCAUGGAGGCGAUGGUGAAGGAGCUCAAGGAGUCCACAAGUUCAAUGACAUCUGUUCCGAAGCCGUUGAAGUUCUUGCGACCUCAUUACUCCACCCUGACGGAGCACUAUGCCAAGAUGCCGGCGAACGACUUGAAGCGAUUCUUCGCUGACGUCCUGUCCAUCCUAUCAACCACGAUGCAGAAGGAAGGGUCGAGGCAGGCUUUAAAGUACCGGCUGGAGGGAACGAAGGAAGGCCUCACCAGCUGGGGCCACGAAUACAUACGAAAUAUUGCCGGUGAAAUCGGAGAGGAGUUCAAGGAGCGCACCGAGAAAGCCACUGACGUGGGCGACCUUUUAGCUCUCGUUGAGGAGAUCGUGCCUUUCAACAUGCAGCACAAUGCAGAAGUGGAUGCCGUUGAUCUUCUCUGCGAAGUUGACCAAGUGCAGACGAUCGAAAAGCUUUGCGAAGAGCCGUCCUUCAUCAGAGUGUGCCUGUACCUACAGGGCCUUGCCAACUUUGCGGCAACUCAGGCCGACAAGGUCAUGUACCUGAACGUCUGCAUGAACCUCUACUUGAAGUACAAGGAGUACGUGGGGGCACUUCGAAUCGCCUUGAAGCUCAACGAUGCGAAAGCUGUCGCUGCUGUGUUCGGUGCUUGUGAAGACCGGCUUGUUCAGAAGCAAAUGGCCUUCAUGAUAUCACGGAGAAAGUUCGAUCAUGACUUUGGGGAGGAUGACGAGCUGAAAGAGAUUGCCUCUGGCGAGAGCCUCUCGAAGCACUUCAUCUCCUUAGCCAAGGAGCUUGAUGUUCUGGAGCCCAAGCUGCCCGAACAAAUCUACAAGUCGCACCUGGAGGAGAAGCGAUCCACUGCUGUACUGGAUUCUGCAAAGCAGAACUUGGCCUCCUCGUUCGUGAACGCUUUCGUGAAUGCUGGCUUCUGCAAGGACGAGCUGAUGACGAUUGCGGACUCGAAGUGGGUGUACAAGAACAAGGAUCAGGGCAUGAUGAGCACUGUGGGCUCCUUGGGCGCGCUGCUCUUGUGGGGUAUCGACGAGGGCCUCACACAGAUCGACAAGUACCAGUGGAGUUCAGAUGUGAACCUGAAGGCUGGCGCGCUGCUGGCUUUCGGCCUGGUCACCUGCGGUGUCAAGAACGAAUGUGACCCGGCAUGGGCACUUCUGGGUGAGCAGCUGGAGGCUGAGGAUGGACAGCUGCGAUUAGCGGCAGUCGUCGGCCUGGGGUAUGCAUACGCAGGAAGCUGCCGAGAGGAUCUUCUGGAAAAUCUAACUCCCAUGAUCGUUGAUACGGCCUGCAGCAUCGAGUGUUCCGCUAUGGCGGCAGUCAGCUUGGGCCUGGCUUUCGUGUCAUCCUGCAAUGACGAGGUGGCCCAGGCAAUUCUACAGACACUCAUUGAGAGGCAAGCCGUAGAAAACGCCUUGAGUGGUACCUGGCCACACUUUUUUGCAGUUGGCCUAGGCCUCCUGUACUUGGGGCAGCAGGAUGCUGCAGAAGCUACUUUGUCAGCCCUGGAUGCAAUCACACAUCCAGUGGGGAAGUAUGCGAAGCUGACCGUGGAAGGCUUCGCUUUUGCUUAUUCUGGUGACGUAUUGCAUGUGCAGAAAAUGCUGCAAGCAUGCACCGAUCACCUUGAAGAAGCCGAAGCCUUUCACCAGGCAACUGCAGUGCUUGGAAUAGCUCUGAUUGCUUUCGGUGAAGAGAUCGGUGCCGAAAUGGCAUGCAGAUCGAUUGAUCACAUACUUCAAUACGGAGAGCUGACGCUCAGGCGAGCCGUCCCAAUCGCCUUGGCGAUCCUGCACCUGUCCAAUCCGAAGGUGCUCGUGAUAGACACUCUUGCGAAGCUGUCACACGAUGCAGACCAGGAUGUGGCGACCGGUGCAAUCAUGAGUAUGGGUCUCAUAGGCGCCGGGACGAACAAUGCACGUCUAGCAGGCCUGCUCAGGCAACUGGCGGCGUACUAUGCGAAAGACCCCAAUGCGCUCUUCAUGGUCAGAAUUGCUCAGGGCCUUCUGUACAUGGGCAAGGGUCUCCUCACCAUCAACCCUCUCUUUAGCGAUCGUUACUUGGUGGAUCCAAUUGCCUUUGGCUCCCUUGCAGUGCUGGCGCAUUCGGUGUUGCACCUCAAGAACACAAUUCUGGGCAAGAGCCACUACUUGCUGUACAACGUGGUCCCAGCCAUGCGACCAAGAUGGUUGAUUACGGUGGACGAGGACAUGAACGAGCUGAAGGUGGCUGUCCGUGUAGGUCAGGCAGUGGACGUAACUGGCAUGGCUGGCCGUCCAAAGCAGAUUACGGGCUUCCAGACAAGAACUACUCCAGUGCUUCUGAACUUUCAGGACAGAGCUGAGCUUGCGACAGAAGAGUACCUGCCAGUGACGCCCGGAACCAUCUUAGAGGAUUUUGUCAUCCUGAAGAAGAAUCCGAAUUACAAGCCUGCUACCGGUUCUGCUUAG